GGGUACGGUUUGUAAGCAGAGUUGCGUGAUUGAACGGGAAAGCUGUGCCCAUCCGUGCAAUGCACCGUGUCACGAGGGCGAAUGUCCGGAUGUACCGUGCCGGGUGUCGGUUGAGGUCACGUGCGAGUGUGGCAAUCGGAAGCAGCAGCGUACGUGCCACGAAUUUUCGAAGGAAUACCGCCGGAUCGCCUCGAUGCAGCUCGCUUCGUCGGUGCAGGAGAUGCAGCGCGGUGGAUCGGUCGAGUUGAGUGACAUCCUGGCACCGAAGGGCCGUCCAAAGAACAACAAAACGCUGGAGUGUAGUGAAGAGUGUCGAAUGCUGGAACGAAAUCGACGCCUGGCGAUGGCGCUGCAGAUCCGCAAUCCGGAUCUUCCGUCGAAACUGCAGCCAAAUUAUUCCGAGUUUCUGCGUACGUACGCCAAGAAAGAUAUGGCGCUUGUGCAGAUGAUACACGAAAAGCUGACGGAACUGGUGAAGUUGGCCAAGGAGAGCAAACAGAAAUCGCGUUCCCAUUCGUUUCCGGUCAUGAAUCGGGAGAAGCGCCGGGUUGUGCACGAGAUGUGCCACAUGUUUGGUGUUGAGUCGGUCGCUUAUGAUGCGGAACCGAAUCGGAACAUUGUCGCCACUGCGGACCGGUUUACGUCCUGGCUACCGAGCAUGAGUCUGAUGGAGGUGCUGCAGCGUGAGAAUGGCCAGCGGCGCAUAAUCGUCCCCAACCUGAAUGCCUGGGGCCGUACGAGCCUUAACGCCGCGAGCACCAGCAGCAAGUAGUCGGUUUCGUCGGUUUCGUUGGUUCCUCGGUUGUUAAACUGCCGUUUUUUUUAUCGCUUAAUGAUGGAACCUUCCUCUGCGCGUGAUGAUGAUCCGCUUGAAGGCGGAACGUUUUUGUUUUUGAGACUUAUGUUAGAUUUUUGGUUCUGUAAUUGCUUUUUUUCCUUUUCUCUUGUGUCCUUACGAUCGUGUUCAUUCAAUAAACCACCUCAGCCCGGUGGACGGGAACGGGGGACUACAGUGGCGCGGGUCAUAACCGCCCGGGGGGA